AUUCUUACAAUACAAAUAUAAGAAAGCUCAGUUGAACUUCAAUCACAAGAAUGAACAUUAUUGUACUUUUACUGUUGCUGAUUUUAUCCACUACGGCUUUUUCAAACAAAAAUGGUGAACGUCUGAUUCAAAAUGACUGGGAAACUCUUGCAAGAUAUACAACUAUAAAGUACUUCAGUUCUUCAAAUCACAAUACUGGUGGGUCCAUUCAAGCUAAGUGGGAUAUUGAAGGAGAAAUCAAAUGCACUGUUUAUGAUGACCUUCAUGUUGAUCUUAUACUUCCUGAUGGAUUUGAUUCUACCAAAACAUUCAAAGCUAUGACCCAUGGCUUCAUGGACACAGUAAAUGAUGGCAAAAUAGCUUUUGUAGAUGCUUGGAUGGAGAGUAAUAAUUUUAAUGUAAAUGGAAUUCUAGUAGAUUGGUCUGAAUUAGCUUUUGUUGCAAUUGUGGAUUGGGACAGUAUUAUCUAUGAUGCUGCUGCCCGUAAUGCUAUUGAUGUUGGUGAGUACCUCGGUCAUUGUUUAGGAGCUUUGUCAUCCCAAGCAGGUAUUCAAGGAGGCAAUUUCCAUCUUGCUGGGCACAGUCUAGGAGCACAUCUUAUGGGGAAAGCUGGAAGAACCUUUAGAGAAGUUACAGGCCAAUUCAUUGAUCGCAUAACUGGUUGUGAUCCAGCUGGUCCAAGAUUUGUUGAUGGUCCAUUACUACCAGCAAUACCAGAAUUACACAAUAACAGAAUAAAUCCGGAAUCUGCUGCAUUUGUAGAUAUUAUCCAUACAGAUGCUUCCUUGGAGCCCGCUGCAGUUUGGAUAAUACCAAGACUGGGAGAUCUUCACCCUCUUGGUCAUAUGGAUUUCUACCCAGAUGGAGGGUCUGCACAAAACGGAUGUGGGUUUUUAGGUCCUGAUGGUAUACCAGGGGGUGUUUGCAGUCAUAGACGAUCCUAUUUGUACCUACUUCAUUCCUUUCUGGAACCAGAUCUUUUUCCCAGUAAAGAGUGUGCAGAUGUUGAGGCAUGCAGUGAAGGACAAGUUAUAUCUGAAGAUGUUGUCGCUUUCAUGGGAGAGAAAGCUCAGGAAUACUUCACUGGGGAAAGAAAGCUCUUCUUUCUAAGCAUUGAAGAUGAUCAUUGGGAUUUUGAUGAGCACAACUAAUAUAUAAAGAAACUUACAAGAUUUUGAUAGUUAUAAGAAAUAAAAAAUCAAAGAUAUCA